AUGGAACUUCCCUCACUGCCUAACUUAGACAUGGCCGGCUAUGAACAAAAUGCAACAGUGUCUCCCGACUUGCAAACUCUGAAAGAUGCAUUCAGUGCAGUAGAAGAGCAAUACACGUUCUUUUUGGACAAUGCCAAGACAAUAUUGAAUGGUACGGUGGACGGAGUACAGUACACCGUUGAUCCGGACACCAUUGAAGCAUUCAUUGGCGCCUACUGUAAUCCAGGGUUUUCAGGCAGCAACGGUUUUUGCGUGGAGUGUCCAAGUGGUACACACGAGGUCGACGCGAUGUGCCAGAGUUGUGACGUUGGAACCUAUCAGUCUUUCACUGGUCAGACAACGUGUGAGCCCUGUCCGACCGGGUAUACCACUGCAACCUACAUGGCUACAAGCAGUGAAGAAUGUAACGUGAGAAUAGCAACAACAGCACAUGGUGACGACAUGAAACAGGAAAAAUCCGAUUCAAAAAAAUCGCUAUAUGAUCGACAUGAGCCUCGUGUACGUUAUUCAGCUCCAAUGUAA